GUCUUGGGGCUGGAACUUGGCUUGAGAUGUUUCUAUGCCAAAACGUACGUGUACAUAUUCAUAUCAAGGAUACCCGAGUGACGUUGAGCAGCAAACUCGCGAGGGCAGCUUAGACCGCCCCCAGCGCUGCUGCGGUUUGCUGGAAUGACAGCACGUUAGACUCUCACUGACUGACACUGACACCUGCAGCCGUGUCUAGGUGGCCUCAACCUAGCCAUGGAGUUUGACGACGACUUGAAUGGCGUGGAGUCGCGCUUCGCGCACUUGUUGAAGCCUAUUCGCGACCUCCAAGACAAUUUCAACAUUGACCUUGCGCAUGAACUUGAGGAGUACCUGGACCAGCUCGAGAACGCGCAGUUCGCGUUCGAGAACGCCGCUGGCAAGAAUGGCUUCGUGGACUUUGCGGAGGCAGCGCUGCUCAUCCAGGGCAGCACCUGCGUCUACUCCAAGAAAGUGGAGUACCUCUACAACCUGGUGUACCAGGCGCUGGAGGCAGUCAAGGGCCGGAAGCGCCAGGGCGGCAGCGCAGCGCUGCUCGGGCCCGACGGCCAGCCCCUGCCAGAAGGCGACGGCGGCACACAGGCCGCAGGCAGGCACCGCGGCCGCGCCGCGCGCGGCGGCGCCCUCGACGAGGACGAGGAGGAGGGCCUCGCGCGCUUCUGGGACGUCGAGCCCCUCCUAGCCGAGUGCCCGGACCUCGAGCUGGGUCCGGGAGAUGGCUUGCUGCCCGCCACCUCAACCAAUGUACGCCCGCCCGCAGCACUGCUGGCGCUGGAGGACCACGCGCCCACCGCCACCAGCGGCGCGGGAUCGGCGGCGGGCGGCAGUGGCGGCGGCGGCGGCGGCCGGGGCGACGGCGACAGCGGCGUGUAUCGGCUGCAGCAGUGCGUGGUGCACGUGUCGGGGGCGCUCAUGCUGGACCCACGGGACGCCGACAUGUACGACAUACACCUCAGGUUCAUCGGCCCGCAGGCCCGGCAAGACCGGGAGGGUCUGGAGGAGCUGCUGGCGGCGGCAGCGGCGGCAGCUGCGGCAGGUGGGGCCGCGGCGGCAGCGGCAGGCCCCGACAACCAGGGGCAGCAGCAGCAGGCAGCAGCGGCGGCAGACGGUUUUGCGCCCAUGCAACAGCAGACUGGGGAUGGGUCUGGAGACGAGGGCGCUGCGGCGCCAAUGGAGGGCGGGGAGGGCGGCGCGGAGGAUGCCAGCAUGGCAGCCGGUGCGGGUGGUGUCGGCGGCGCAGGGGAAGCGGGUGCGGUGCCCAUGCAAGACGCAGCGGGCGGGUUUGACUAUGACGAUGACGGUGGCGGCGGCUACGGUGGCGGCGACUGGCCCAGCGAUGACGAGGCGGUGCAAGUCGGCGGCGGCGAUGCCAUGGCCGUGGAUGAUGAUGGCCAGCAGCCGGCGGGUCCGAACGGGGCGGGCGAGGCUGGGGAACAGAAGCAGCGGCCGCGGCGCGCCGCCGCCGCCGCAGCCGCUGGCGGCGGCGCUGUGGCAGCUGCCGACGGCGGCGCCGGGCAGGCAGCGGGUCUGAUGGAGGGUGAGGGUGCAGACGAGGAGGAGGAGGAGUUGCAGGCCUUUGACGCCUUUGCGCCGCUGGACCCGUCCAGCAAGAGUAGCCUGCCGGACAAGCCGCUUGUGGUGCAAAAGCCGCGUGCGUCGCGCCGGCAGCAUGCAGCCGCCGGCGCCUCCCGCUUCGGCUCCGCCUCCGCCUCCCUGCUCGGCCAGCUAGCCCCCGGCGCCACCGCCGCCGCCGCCCGCGCCGCCGCGGCCGCCGCCGCACGCGCCUGCGGCUGCCCGCCACUGCUACUGCCGGAGUACGCCUACGCGCUGUCCUUCCUGCGGGCUGCGGCGCCGCCUGACGAGGCGGCGGCGGCGCGCCAGGCGGCGGCGGCGAAGCUGCGCAAGGGCCGCGGCCGGGUGGCGAUGGCGCUGGCGGCGGAUGAGGCGGGCCCCGUGUUUGACGCGCGUGACGCGGCCGCCGCUGCGCUCCACGCUGAUGACGACCAGUCCGAACACCCCGGGCCAGCCGCUGCCGGCGGCGGCGGCUCGGGCGAGGACGGUUACGGUUUCAACGACGGCGGCGGCGACGAUGGCGGCGGCAGCGGCGAUCUCGACUUUUACGGAGCAGGCGGCGGCGGCGGCGGCGGCGCCUCGGACCUUGAUGACGACGACGGCCUCGCCGGGCCCGCCGGCUGGGGCGAGGACGCGGGCGUGGAGGGGCUGGAGGAGGCGGCGGCGGCGGGGCUGCGACCCAACGGCAUGCGCUGGCCGAUGGCGGCGGCGCUGGCGGGCGAGGGCGGCGCCAUGGCGGUGGAUGGCGGCGCGGAGCAGAGCUACGAAGAGCUGUGCAGGGCUCACAUGGAGGCGCUGAUGGCGGCGGCGGCGGCGCGGGUGGUGCAGAGCGACCUGGCGCGCCGCGUCAGCAACUGGCGCCAACGCAUCGACCCCGUGCUGCAGGCGGAGGAGGCGCGGCCCGCCUUUGACAUCCAGGACUAUGGCGAGCGUAUCCUGAGCCGCCUGUCACACCUCCAGAUCACGGACGGCAAGACGGCUCAGGACCAGCAGCCGCAACAGGACCAGGGCCCGCAGCAGCAGCAGCAGCACCACCAGGACCCGCAGGCAGAAGAGGAGCAGCGGAACGACCUGGCGGUGGCGGCGGCGGCGGAGCAGCAGCAGCAGCAGCCUCGCGUAGCGGCCGGGGGCGCGGCGGCCGAGGCCGAGGGGGCGGUGGUGUUCAGUGUGGUGGCUCGGGACCUGCAGGGGUUCGAGGUGUCGCGCAUGUUCAGCGCUAUGCUGCAGCUCAUCAACAACAGGAACGUGCACAUCAUCAAAUCGGAGCGGCCCCGCGGCCUGCCGCCCGGCGAGGUGGUCGAGGAGCCCUUCCGGCUGCAGCUGCUGUCCACCAACAUGUACCACAAGUCCAUGCGGGAGCGGCUGGAGGCGGGCGCCGCCAGGCAGCUGCAGCGGCCGGCGGGAGCCGCGCAGCAGCAGCAGCAGCAGGCCGACGAGGAUAUGGAUGGCGGCGGCGGCGACGAGAACCGCGGCACGCAGCAGCUGACGCAGACGCAGAGGGGCGGCAAGGGCGCGGCGGCGGCGGGUGGGCGUGGCAAGGCGGCGGGCGGCGCCGGCGGCGGCGCCAAGCGGGCAAAGAAGGCGGCUCUGGCGGAGGCUAACGCGGCGGAUUGAUUGAUUGCUUAGACGCUUGCUCUGGUCCAGGCGUUGCUUGGCGGGUCAAGGGUUUGACGUGUUUGUUACGUGCGUGGAUGGUGUGGGGCGGUGUACAUAGCGUGUCGUGCUCGGUGGCGUGUUAUGCUGGUGAGGGGGCUAUUGGAGUCAAGUCAGCGACCCGGCGAGCGUGAAAAACACAGUGCCAGCCAGUACGGCCAGCCAUGCCGACGUCAGCGGCGGUCGUGAACCUUCAGCAGCAGGGGCAUUGCUGCAAGGAAGAUUGCUGCAAGGAGAUUGCUGCUGGAGCUGGGAAGGUUAGGCCCGACCGUGGGUCCUCGGAGCCCUUACAAGUUUACUUGAGCCGCGCCCAUGGGCCAGUGACGUCGAUCGUGACUUGUCCGCUUGUCUGGUCACCGAAUAGGGCACCGUAACCGAGUCAGGCAUGCUUCCCAGACCGGGGGAGGGGAGUCUACGUAGUGGGCGCUAGCGGUUUGCACGCAUCCAUCAGGACUGGCGGCGCAGCCUAUCAGCCUCAAUCAGUGCUUGUGUAGUUUUGUAAGACUCAGAUGGA